AUGGUAAAUCGGGGCAGACCCUCCCAGGAUUGUCUUCCUUGUCGCGUGAGGAAACUUCGGUGCGACCUUGUCCCUUCCGGAUGCGGGCAAUGCCGAAGAGCGAGACUCAGAUGCCACGGUUAUCGCAACGCUCAAGAUCUCGUAUUCCGCGACGAGACUCGCGCAACCGGACAAAAAGCGACACUAAGACAAGCAUGCAUGCAAGCAACCAAUCGACCAAUGUCGAUGGAACUCGGUUUGAAUACCCGCGCCGAAUACAUCUUCUUCUCACUCUACGUCUCGAAGUUUUCCACAAUUUUAGAGACUAUUGUACCUUUGUAUCAGCAGGCAUCUAGCUUUGACCACUUGUCAGCAAGCGUCGAAGCAGUAAGCUUGAGUUUUCUGGCAAAUCAAUCUCAUGAUCCAAACGUGAUGUUUUUAUCACGUUCGAGUUACUUAGUUGCGAUACGGAGGGUUCGAGGUGCUCUCAACGCAUUGCCGGCCUCUGACGUAUCGCCGACCUCUAAUGUGGAAAGCCUUCUUCUGUCUAUUAUUCUUCUGGAUAUGUACGAGAAGGUAACUAACCGUAACCCUCAAGCAUCGAGCUCUUGGAUGAGUCAUGCUGAAGGAGGGUUAUCACUGCUUCUCUCGCAUUCGGGCCAACUCAUCUCGAGCCCUAUGGGAUGUCGGCUCAGUGCACGCUUAAUAUCGGCUAUAACGGUCAGCUGUGGUACUACUGUCGUAUCAGUACCCGAAUCGAUCGUGCAGCUCCGUGGGCUCUUGGAUCCGUUUCUUACUGAUAUCAAAUGGAGGUUCACGGGAAUUCUAAGACAGGUAGUGAAUCUCCAAGUUGAUAUACGUCAUCAUGUUAUCGGAGAUUCCAUGAUCGAUUUAGCGGAGAGAGCAUGGUACCUGGACAAGCUCUUGCAGAAUCUUUAUACGACGCUACCACCGUUCUGGAAGAGCAGGAAAACCUUCCUUCUCAGUCCACUCAUUCCCGGCUCCCACUAUAACGUACAUGAGAGUCACUAUAUUACUCAGGUCACCAAUGGUAUCCACGUGAUGCGUUUGAUGGUGAAUAAUAUUAUAUUAAAGCACAUACUUGGCGAAACAUCUUCCAAUAACGUCCUAUGCCGCACACGGGACAUUAUACAAGAAAUAUGUGCCUCAGUGCCUCAAUACAUUCUCUCUACUGCGCGAUUGGAGAAUAGUGUACCCUUCACGCCAUUGCAAAGUCUACAGUGUUAUACUUUACUUGCGCCUCUUCACAUUGCCUACCAGCAAUCAGCCCAAUCUAAUAUUCGAGAUUGGAUCAUACAGGCUCUAAGGUAUAUGUCGGAAACUGGAGGCAUGAAAGCGGCACAGGAAGUGAUGGAAAUAAUCGGGAAUACACCCGACUUGGAUUACUGGAUGGUUUAUGCCACGAUAGGUGGUUAUGCUCUAGCGGCAUAG